GUGCCUGUUGUAACUAACAGCGCGCCUUUAGGCGGAGGAGGAGGGGAGGCACUGCUUGGUCAGCGCUCAGUCUCCCUUAAUUUAUUCCUUCUGAAUGAAUGAAUGAAUAUAAAGCGACCGGCGCUGGAUAACGUUUGUGGCUACGAAUUUUGCCCGUUAUUUUUUUUUAGGGAGAACAGCGAGGAACAAUGGUGCACCUGUCCUCUUCCCCCAACCUGGAUGCAUCGCCCCCUCCGGAGCCCUCUGACGGGGCAAAAGGAAAGCCAGGGAGCCCCCGGGCGGACUCUCCCUCAGCGCUCAGCAGCCUGCAGCUUGCUCUAGCAGCUUCUGCCAGCACUGUCUACCAGGGCUAUGAUACCUACAUUGAGGAUGGUCUCAUCUGUCUGAAGCACAAGAUCCGCAACCUUGAGAAAAAGAAGCUUAAGCUGGAGGACUACAGGAAACGCUUGAAGAAUGGGGAAACCCUCAAUAAGGAUCAGUUGGAUGCUGUGGAGAAGUACGAUGAAGUUUUUCACAACUUGAAGUUUGCCAAAGAACUACAGAAGACGAUCAGUGGUCUCAGCCAAGAUUUGGUGAAGGCACAGAGGAAAGCCACAAGGCGGGAGCAGGUGGCACGGAUGGAGGCAGAGAAGAGGAGGCUACGAACCGUGCUGCAGAUCCAUCACAUCCUGCAGAGCCUGCAGCAGGAGCAUGUGAGGAAGGAUUUUCGCAGUGGCCUAAACCAAGCCCCCUUCCUGCCUGCACGUGAGCUGGAGCGCUUGCUUGACCUGGCAGGCCUACUGGGCAUCCACAGGGACGAGAGUAUGAGCUUGCAGGACCAGAUGGAACAGGUUUCAGUUUCUUACUGGGAUCUUCUGGAGGGAAGGGACAAACCAGUGGCUGGAACCACCUUCAAGCACAUGAAAGAGCAACUGGCCAAACUGAUGGACUGUGGCUAUUUUGAUCACAUCCCAGCUCCUCGCAGAGAGAAACUGGAAGAGUCUGAGGCUGUAGUACCCAAGGAAGCUGAGACAUCAAAACCACAGAGAAUAGUCUCAGACCUGUCAACGCUGGCCGCAAGCCCUGUGUCAACCAGAGAGUUUCUUAACAGACACUACUUGCCUGACACAGACUUCAGUGGCCAGGGACAAUCCAACAGCAAUCAGGCCCUGAAAGAGAACUGGAAGGCGGAGUUCCUGGCCCUAAAGCAACGUGAGCCCCCAGACUCAUGGGAAAUGGAGUUCACUGAGGCAUCAGCCCCUUUGGAGCCAGUCCCAGAGAAGCCCUGGAGGGGGCCAGUAGGGUUCGACCCCACAGAGCAAAUGCCUAUUAAAACGGCCGCCUCAGAUGUCAAACAGCAAAGAGUAAGAAAAUCAAAAGUGGAGCAACCCAAAAAACCGGCUCGGAAGGCAGACGAGCCCAUUGAAGUGUUCAGUUCCCCAUGCUCCCUGCCCGAUGACCCCAUUCAGCGCAAACAGCAACUGCGGAACCUAAUGGACCAGAUCCAGGGCUCCUUCAGCUUUAUGCAGGAGUCAGUGCUGGACAGAGAAGGGUCACCUGUGAUCAGGCAUGCCCGGAUGUCUCCGCCAGCAGCUGAAUCAUCCUCUCCCAGUGAUAGUGAGAAUGAUGUGAAGAACCAAGCCGAUGUUCCUAAGGCCUUGCAUCAGUCUACCCCACUGCCUCCCAGAUGCCUCUCUGUCAAUGGCAAAGCCAGCUUGUCCAAUGGGGACCAGACCCUAUGUGAUACUGACCUGGACCACACUGCAGACAAAGUGGAUCAUGAAACCAUUGAGCUGUCUGAAACGGAGGAAUUCUCCUCCCCAUUGUUUCGACGUGAGUCCACAAUUUCGGUCUCCCUGGCUGAGAACACUUCAGAGCAGACCCUUGUUUCACAGGCAGAUGAGCAGCCUUGUAAUGCCUCAGCACCUUCUGUCCCCCACCAGCCACAGUCCUUUCCUUCACCCCCCUGUAGCCAUUCCCUGAACAUCACUGGCUCUGCCCCCUUCCAAACAAUGCACACUGUGUUUAAGAUCAAUGCCCCACUGCCACCUAGAAGUGACUCGGAUCAGAAAUCUGAUACAAGUGCAUUCUCAGACUCCUACAAUUUGAGCUAUGCUACAGCCAGUACACAAACCCCACCAGACCUUGACUUCCAGGAUUUGGACUCCUUGCAGCCAGUAACCACAUACCAGUCGGAGUGUCCUGUUACAAACAGCUGCCAGGUGUACCUGUCCCCAGGACAACCUGGAGGAGUGCUCCCUCGUCCUAGUCAGCCUUAUUACACCCGUGGCUCAGUCAGAGGUAUGGCACGUGGUGGCAGGGGGCUGGCUCACUCCUUCCGUUCACCUGGUGGGUAUCGAGGUGGGUAUGAAGCCUACAGGACAGGCCUGAGGUCCCCAGGGGGUAGCUACAUCCCACAAGCACAUGGCACACGGGACUUUCCUCCUGUAUUGUACGGAGUCCGGGAGACAGGAUACCAAAUGCCCUACAAGCGAGGAACUGGGAGUCAGAGGAGUGGCAGCCGAGCUGCCUGGAGCAACUCGUCUCAAGUGAGCAGCCCAGAGAGAGAUGAUGAGACUUUCAUCAGUGCUGACUCUGGACACGGUGACUCCCGCUGUGCCACACCCAUUGAUAUCCCAGUUGCUGCCCAAGGCCCUGCCCUCAUGCCUGUACACAUCUACCCUUUGCCCCAGCCGAUGCGUGUGGCUUUCUCAGCUGCCCGCACCUCCAAUUUUGCACCUGGCUCACUUGACCAAACAAUCAUUUUUGACCUGCUCCACAGCAACCUGGGGGAAACAUUUGAUGUGCAUCUGGGUCGCUUCUCCUGUCCAGUCAAUGGCACCUACGUCUUUAUUUUCCACAUCCUCAAGCUGGCAGUCAACGUGCCCCUAUAUGUCAACUUAAUGAGGAACGAGGAGGUGAUGGUGUCCGCCUACGCCAAUGACGGUGCCCCUGACCAUGAAACGGCCAGCAACCAUGCUGUACUCCAGCUGUAUCAGGGGGACCAGGUGUGGCUGCGGUUGCACCGUGGCGCAAUCUAUGGCAGCAGCUGGAAGUACAGUACCUUCUCAGGCUACCUUCUGUACCAAGACUGAAGAGCCCAACCUCUGCAUUUGGGAGUGGAAAGUGGGCGCAAUGAGCUCUUUAGUUGCUUUGCACUUAACACAAUGUCACUUUCUGCUGUCUGUUUAGAAUGCAUGUCCAAGUUUUGUUUGCACUUAACCCUCCCCACCAUCUUUAACAGUGCUCAGGUGUUGAUGUUUAUGGUUAUCCUUUUUCCUUGCUGUCAGUUGCUUCCACUGUUUAAACAUCCCGCAUUGGUGAAAUGGGGGGAUUUACUGUCUCAAGUAAGGUCCCAUGAGAUCUACUUGCCCAGUAAUUGGCUUGGUUUGUCAGUUCAUACUGUGGGCAUGAGCAAAUGAGCCACAUUCAAUUAACUAGAUACUGACCCUAACUGCAGAUAACUGGUUAAGCACUUUACAGCAUAAGCAGGAUGGCUGGGCCACCACAUAUUUUGCACGUGUUGCCAUGUCCUGCUUGCCCAGGUGGGAUGCGACUGAGUUUGACUCUUGAGUCAUCUUCAUGUCCUGACAGCUUUUGCCUAAGGUGCCUUGGUUUCUGAGCAACUGAAUGUUUGCCAGUAAGUGGUGAGGACAUGGCUGAAAUUACUUGACAAAGUUGAGCACUUUACAUAACCUUCAGUGUUGCCUUGAUGUUGGAGUGGAGAGGGUGGGAAUUGGAGAAAUGGUGCUGUGAAAAUGGUUUGUGGUGAAUGCACACAAAAUGUAACUGUCUGGUUCCAAAGUUGUAUAUGAGUAUGUUUAGAAGGAGCUAGCAAUCAGUGCCUCAAUAAAAGAA